CUUUUUUCAAAAUUUGUUUUAAAAAUGAUAGAUGAUAGUACAAUAAAGGGAAAUUAAGAAAUAGAUGAGCAUUUCGCCAAAAGGAAUAUGAGGAUUAAAUCUUCCCAUGAGUCUAAUAGGUGUAGCCCAAACAUACUGAAGCAAAAUCCUUAGAUAAAUAAGCUUAAUUUAGAUUAAACCUUGAUAGAAAUUAAGUAGGUUUACUCUCCUUUAUCAGUAACCAGAUAUAAAUAGCAAAUGAGAGAAAGCAAUAUUAGUCAUCCGUUUAACAAUUCACCUUCACCAAAAAAUUUCUAAGAAAUUCCUAGUUUAAUGAUUAAUGAAUCAAAGAAUGUAGAAUAUAUGAAUGAAAAAAAUAUAGUUAAGCUAAGUUAUUUACCAAAGUUGCAUAGAAGUUUAAAUUGUCGAAAAAUGAGAAUAGAUUAAUACUGUAAUCCAUGGGACUAAAUUAAAAAAUUGGCUCAUAUGCACCAUACACCAGUUUUAUUUGAGUAGCAUUCUAUUUUUGGUACCUCUCUCACCGGGUUCAAUGGCAGUACUUAAAUAUAGCCUCUUUCUGGGAUGAAAACAGCUCAACCUAAAGCAGAUCGUAAUUCAAAGAUUGAUAAUGAAUCCUAAAAAUCUAUAGAGUCUAAUGUUUUGACUAAUGAAAAAAUAAGAAUAAAUAUGGCAUUUUAAGAUGGGAAUUGCUAAUAAAAUUCUAAUACUGAAAGAUAAAUUAAUGGAAACUAGAUUAAUUUAGAUACUUUUAGGGAUAUUUAAAUAGAAAAAGAAAGAAAGGAAAAGAUAAAGUAAUUUCUUGAAAAUAACCAACAGCAAUAUCUCUAAAAGUUUUGGACUUAACCAUUUAACAAUAAAGACACAAAGACAUUAAAAGAUUAGCAAAAUGCUAAGAAGAAAAUAUUUGACAGAUAGCUCGAAGAUAUUAAUAGAUUUGAAAGUCUGAGAUAAAACUCUCAAAGAGAAAGAUAAAAUAAGUAAAGAAGUCUUUCAAUCGCUGAAGAAAAUAAAACAAAAAACUAAAAAGCAAUGCAAAAUUCAUUACAAUAUUAAAUAAACUCUAAUUUUCAAUAACAAUAUAAAAUAUAACCUACUAUAACACUUAAUAAUCCAUAUUUAUCAUAUAAUCAAAGUCCAUAAACCAACUAAUCUAGGCUUUCUACUGCAGAAUAAAAUACAAAGUAAUACUUUUUCUAGAGAAAACCAAACAUUUCACCUAGAAAGCUAGAAUAACUUUCAUAAAUAAAUCAUAAAAAUUGA